AUGACGUAUGCAGAACGGACAUUCACAAUAGCAACUCUGAAAAGAUCGCUGAGAAUCAGAAGGCGACAAUGCAACAAGGCGCCAUAUCCCGUUGCGGGCUUCUCUCAUAGCGCCCUCCUCCAAGAAGCCGAUCGUAUUCACAGGUCUGUUUUCAGUACGUUCGAGCGUGGUAAUGCGGGCUCGAGUCUUUUCAGGGGCUCAUCCGAAGCGCAGAACGUCUUGAAUCCCCCAGUGCUCCUCCAGAACAUCCGUAUCUGUAGAGUGAAGCUGAAAGAUCUCUUGGGCGUCCUUAGCACUGGAACAAUAGCAAUGAUGGACGCUACUACCUGCGCGAUCGUGGUAGUCGGUGGCAAAGGGAAGGGUUACGGUGGUUCGGAAACUGAAUCGAAGGGUUUGCGAGCGAUGGUUUCGGAGGGAAACCAAUAA